AUGAGUCAUGGGCGGUUAUCACAAAGUGCAAUACUCGAGCAAUUACUCAAAGAAGACGAAGAAGAGAGUGAAUCAGAGCUUAGCGACCAAGGCUCUGAAACUUCCGACCACAUUGUUGCAGAGGAACCUCUACCUGCUGAAGAAUCAAACGUCUCGGACUCAGAAGAGGGAAUAAAUAGUAUGGUGAUAUUGAGAGCGAAUAAUGUGACUCUACGGAAAAGGCGGAUGUAUUUACGGGCAUUAGGCACUGAAUUGAUAAAAGAGUACAUCCAAAAGAGAUCAACGAUAGCGGGCCUUCCCAGAAAACUAAAAAGAAACAUAAGGGAGUAUCUGAAUAUAGAAGAAGGCACUGCUGGUACUGAAGCAGCUAGUUCUGAUUUCGUAAACUAA